ACACAAUUCCAUAGUCGAACCCGGAUCGCAAGCCGCUAUAAUGGAGGCAAGCAGCGUGUCCACGGAGUUUGUCCGGGUAAAGGAAGAGCCUGUGUGGGAGCAUAGCGCGGACGAGCUGACAGGACCCACGGAGCAUGCUGUGUUGCUGCCUGAACAGAUAAAAAUCGAAAUCGAAUUUGAAGAGCAAAGACCAGUGCGUGUGAAGGAGGAGUCAUCGUGUGAAACUAAACCUGUCGAGGGGCUGGCAGUGAAGCUUGAAGGGACUCCUGAACUUUCUGGUUUAAACCAACCAGUUGUCAUCAAACAGGAGCUCGAACCCCCAGAGGCAGUAGAAUCGCCGCCCACCAGCCCUCCGGAUGAAUCAGAAGUCGCGAGCGCCGGAGCGGCUGGCGACCGACAGACAGACGACAAUAAAACCGGGACCUACAUUUGCGAUACCUGCGGCAACACAUACCAACAAAUACACUACCUAAUCCAGCACAUUCAAAGGAAAGCUUGCAGUCACACUGCAGAUAAAUGCUACGCCUGCGAUAUAUGCGGAAACAGAUUCGCAACCAGAUCUAGUUUGAACCAACAUAGACACACACACGCCAGCACAAAGCCGUAUUCGUGUGAAACUUGUGGGAAACAGUUUACUAUGCCAAGUUAUUUAAAAGCUCAUGAACGAAGGCACGUAGGUGAAAAACCAUACAGUUGCGAUAUAUGCCAAAAAGCUUUCGCGAAAGUGAGUGAUGUGGAAAAGCAUAAACGUAUCCAUACAGGCGAUAAGCCGUACUUUUGUGAGGACUGUAAUAAGAAGUUCGCGCAUUUGAGUGAUUUAAGUAAACAUAAACGAACUCACACUGGAGAGAGGCCAUACUCAUGCGAUGUUUGUAAUAAGAAGUUUAAGAUUUCAACUCAUUUAAAUACACAUAAGCGAAUCCAUACUGGUAAUAAACCGUACACAUGUGACUCGUGUAACAAGCAGUUUUACGAUGAGGCCUCUUUAAGUAUGCAUAAACGGGUUCACACUGGGGAGAAACCAUUCUCGUGCGACAUAUGUGAAAAGGAAUUUACGCGCAACAGCAGUUUAAUUACUCAUAGACGAAUUCAUACUCAUGUGUUCUUUUGCGAAAUAUGUAAAAAGAAUUUCAAGCAAUUAGCUAAUUUAAAGAAACAUUCUAAGAGACAUACCCGAGAAAAGACCACUAAACUAAAAGGUAGGAAAAAGGCAUCUCCUGAAAUUAUAGAAAUCCUAUAGAGAGUGUAACAAAAAAAGCAUAUUUGUA